CUAAUUCCGUACCCCUGUUCAAUUCUACUGAGGGGUCAUCUCAAUCAUGAUACAGCCUCAUCAUUGAUCCAUUUGUCUUCCUUGCCCAUGAUAUCUCAGCAACACGCUUGAGCCGUUCUCGUUCUCUUCCUACAGACUCGAUUAUUUAUCCGAUUUUCUAUAAUCACAUAAAGUUGCCGUUUUCAUCUUUACCCAGCAAGCCUCCAUUUCUAACCUAAUCUUGCCCCUCUGUUACAUUCCAUCCUCAUCUAACUUCAACAUCUCGCCAAACUCCAAACCCCUAACAUCAAAAUCGUGGUUCGCCCGUCUUAAACCCUCUCCCUGAUUCACCACCACGCCCUUAUAUAUAUAUGCCUCAUCUUCCCCCAGUCACUCCCAUUCCAACCCCCGCCUCCAUCUUCUCCCAGGCCCCGAUCAUGACACCGGCGAUCCAAGUACCCACUCCCUCCGGCCCACGGAAUGGUCCCGAUAUUCCCGGCGCCGGCAAGUUCAAGGUCCCCAAGCUACGUCUUGAGUGUCGUGAUCUCUCUCACCCUGGAGCUGCGGUAUUCCUCAGCUCUGUCAACGCUGCCGAGUGCCUCGCCAAGGCGGCCCAGCAUGUACUGGCGCUCCUGUAUGAAUCGCCCACGUGUCCCACCACAACAACCCCGACGACACGAUCUGUGACAGUGAUCCUGCGUAGCAUGUCAGGUGUAGCUUACACCACCGGCUCUGACCUCGACAGCGACCAUAAGGAGAUUCACUUCUCAGUCGAGUAUAUCGCCAACAUUCACCCCAUAUCUCGUCGCACAGAGGAAAUCAACGGUGUGCUCACUCAUGAGCUCGUUCACUGCCUUCAGUACAACGGCCAUGGAACAUGCCCAGGUGGUCUGAUAGAAGGCAUCGCAGACUGGGUGCGACUUCACUGCCUUCUCAGUCCCCCUCACUGGAAACGCGACAGCAAUGGAAAGUGGGACGCCGGCUAUCAGCAAACGGCCUAUUUCCUGGACUACUUGGAGGAGCGGUUUGGAAAGGGAACCAUUCGCCGCCUGAAUGAGAAGCUACGGAUUCAGAAGUAUGAAGAGAAGCCGUUCUGGACCGAACUGGUUGGGCGGCCAGUUGAGCAACUUUGGGGCGAUUACAAAGAGAAGCUUGAGUCGUAGUAUAUAUACAGAUGCACAUUGGAUGUAGGCAACGAUGAUGAUUUACGGAUGCAUAUAAGGCGUUCACAUACGAUAGUAAGCAGAGUCAAAUGAGUCGAUAGAUUUUGUUAAAGAAACGAGAUUAGCCAGGUGCUAAGGAUAUAAGUUUGCUACCGCAACCUGAACUCCAACUCCAUACAAAAAAGAAAACCCAAGAAUUCAGACCCUCAAAGUCUGUAUACGUCUGUUAUAUAACUCUCAAAGUAAAAUCCUACUCCUACACUGGCUUCCCUACCUAUAUUCCGACUUGAUGAUUUUAAAACUCCU